UUUUUAUCAGAGGAGUAUAGACUGGCAUCUGCAAUGGUUCUCAAUAUCCCAAAGUGAAACCAUCAUGCAGACAUCAGAGACUGGGUCAGACACAGGUUCGACAGUGACUUUACAGACAUCUGUGGCUAGUCAAGCAGCAGUGCCUACACAGGUGGUACAGCAGGUACCAGUACAACAACAGGUACAGCAGGUACAGACUGUGCAGCAGGUACAACAUGUCUAUCCAGCUCAGGUGCAGUAUGUGGAAGGAAGCGAUACUGUCUACACCAAUGGAGCAAUCCGGACAACAACCUAUCCUUACACAGAAACACAGAUGUACAGCCAAAACACUGGAGGGAAUUACUUUGAUACCCAAGGGAGUUCUGCACAGGUGACAACCGUGGUCUCCUCCCACAGUAUGGUGGGCACUGGUGGGAUUCAGAUGGGCGUCACAGGGGGACAACUCAUCAGCAGCUCUGGAGGAACUUACCUGAUUGGCAAUUCCAUGGAGAAUUCUGGUCAUGCAGUGACACACACAACCCGAGCCUCCCCAGCGACACUUCAAUGGCUGUUGGACAAUUACGAGACAGCAGAAGGAGUGAGCCUUCCCAGAAGCACCCUAUACAAUCACUACCUUCGACACUGUCAGGAACAUAAACUGGACCCAGUCAAUGCUGCCUCUUUCGGAAAACUAAUAAGGUCCAUUUUUAUGGGGCUACGAACCAGGAGAUUGGGUACCAGAGGAAAUUCGAAGUACCAUUACUAUGGGAUUCGUGUGAAGCCAGAUUCCCCCCUUAAUCGUCUCCAAGAAGAUAUGCAGUAUAUGGCUAUGAGACAGCAGCCCAUGCAACAGAAGCAAAGGUACAAGCCUAUGCAGAAGGUGGAUGGGGUUGCAGAUGGCUUCACAGGAAGUGGUCAGCAGACAGGCACAUCUGUUGAGCAAACCGUCAUUGCCCAAAGUCAGCAUCAUCAACAGUUUCUAGAUGCAUCACGAGCACUUCCAGAGUUUGGAGAAGUUGAAAUCUCUUCUCUGCCAGAUGGUACUACCUUUGAGGAUAUCAAGUCACUACAGAGUCUUUAUCGAGAGCACUGUGAGGCAAUAUUGGAUGUUGUUGUGAAUCUUCAAUUUAGCCUGAUAGAAAAAUUAUGGCAAACAUUCUGGCGCUAUUCUCCCUCGACUCCAACUGAUGGCACUACCAUUACUGAAUCAAGCAAUCUGAGUGAAAUAGAAAGUCGACUUCCGAAAGCAAAGCUGAUAACUCUGUGCAAACAUGAGUCUAUCCUGAAAUGGAUGUGUAACUGUGACCAUGGGAUGUACCAGGCUUUGGUGGAGAUUCUCAUCCCCGACGUCCUUAGACCUAUUCCUAGUGCCUUGACCCAAGCCAUUCGAAAUUUUGCAAAAAGCCUUGAAGGUUGGCUUUCCAAUGCCAUGAACAAUAUUCCACAGAGAAUGAUACAAACCAAGGUUGCCGCUGUAAGUGCCUUUGCCCAGACUCUGCGAAGAUACACAUCGCUCAAUCACCUGGCCCAGGCAGCCCGAGCAGUGCUUCAGAACACUUCCCAGAUCAACCAGAUGCUCAAUGACCUCAACCGUGUUGACUUCGCCAAUGUCCAGGAGCAAGCUUCCUGGGUGUGCCAGUGUGAUGACAGCAUGGUUCAGAGACUCGAGACAGAUUUCAAAAUGACCCUUCAGCAGCAGAGCACACUGGAGCAGUGGGCCGCGUGGCUGGACAACGUGAUGAUGCAAGCGCUGAAACCCUACGAAGGAAGGCCCAGCUUCCCCAAAGCUGCCAGGCAGUUCUUGCUAAAAUGGUCUUUCUACAGCUCAAUGGUUAUUCGAGACUUAACCUUGCGCAGUGCUGCUAGCUUUGGCUCCUUCCACCUGAUCCGUCUGCUCUAUGAUGAAUACAUGUUCUACUUAGUAGAACAUCGUGUUGCUCAAGCAACAGGAGAGACACCCAUAGCCGUCAUGGGUGAGACAUACCUUGUAGAUGAAAAAAAUACUCCUAUCAUGGAACUCUUUAUAAGCAAACUUCCGAAUUUUGGUGAUUUAAAUGCUGUAUCUCCUGGAAAUCUGGAUAAAGAUGAAGGCAGUGAAGUAGAAAGCGAGAUGGAUGAAGAGCUGGACGACUCCUCGGAGCCACAAGCCAAAAGGGAGAAGACAGAGCUGAGCCAGGCCUUCCCAGUGGGCUGCAUGCAGCCUGUCCUGGAGAGCAGUGUGCAACCAGGCCUUCUGAACCCAAUCCACAGUGAGCAUAUUGUCACAAGUACACAGACUAUCCGACAGUGCAGCACUACAGGAAAUACCUACACUGCAGUCUAAAGAAUAUUAAAGCAUAUUUUUACAGCUUACAGUAACCCUGUUGAUAUUGGGCUUAAGUUGAAAAUUUCAUAAGCCUGAAGGUCGACUGUUGUCAAAUUCUAUCUGUGCUGAACAUUACCUUUUUGGAGUUGUGAAAUGGAAUGGGUGUAUGUAUUUUGCCAGGUCUUUUUUUUUAACAUAAACAAAUUAUUUGCCUCUUAAUGAUGAGUUUUUUUCCCCCUUAGUUUCAGGUGUCAAGAAGGAUUUUUACAACAUUUAAUGUAAUGUUUUUUGUUUUCUUAUAAUUAAAAAGUAAGUUACUUUUUGUAGUUUAAAAUAUUUUAUUGUUGAUUGUUAGUCUUGGUGUAUGAUUUCAUGUGUAAGUUUUUUAAUUAGAUGCACUUCUGUGAAAUAUCAAAAGAAAUGAAUCUCUUUGAUUGACACUGGAGGCAUGCCCAUUUGGCAGCAGAUGCAUCAAUUUUGCUUUUGAAAGGUGCUUUCCACUGGACAGAACCAUGAGACACUAUUUUGAUAACAUUUUGGAUUAGGGAGAGAGAAUACAGAGCAUUUUUAAUAUAGUGCUAGAGGGUUGGAAAGGUCAUCUAUUUUUCUCGGUAGAAAAAUUGAGCUGUGCAUUUAUCAGUUCAGAGUAAAUGACAGAAUUGCAAGAGAAUAUGCUAAUAUGUACAUAAUUUGUGU